AUGCCUGGGUUAGAAAUUCCUGGUGAAUUCUUGCGGCAUGCAGUACUGGAAACAGUUGUGCCUCAUGCCCCGAAACUCGAUCUAGAGGGGGCCCUAACCUCUGCGUUGGAAGAUGGCGCAGAUGAUCUACCCUCAGUUCUAGCUUCAAUUCCCCAGCGUUCUAUUCUUUUCUUUGAUGAAACUCUUCCCGUCCGCAUUGUCCUCCGACUCUCCGAUUGCACAGAAGCUAUCCUGAAGCACUACCUGCCUCGUCUGGAAGUUAGACUUGAUGUCUAUGCCGUGGACCCAGCAGAAUCUGUUGCAGAAAACCCGACACCUACUCGGGAGGCGAUAUUUUCAGGGGUUGUAGAUUUAGAGGAGGAGCCACUGGUGAUCUUCAACGAGUUUGAAGGCGAGGAUGGCACAGCUGGAAAUCAUGUUUACCUCAUAUGGAGCAUUGACAGCUUCCUCAAGCGUCCUCGAAACCGAAUUCAGCACCCGUCGCUUUUGUUCAUCGGUUCGGCCACCUUGAAUCCUUCGGAGGGAUGCCGAGCAGAAGACCCCGAAGAUGACUACCUUCCUCCUCUCAUUCCCGCAUCAACGAACAUGUUUCAACCUCUAGCGGGCGAUAAGUCGCUUGCUCACAAAGAUCCAUUUCUUCCUGCGUCCAGACUGCUCCGCGUGGUGCCCACAGCCUACAGCGAAGACCCCGUUUAUAAUAUUCAACAGCAACAUGGCCACCCGUUUCGUGUAGUCCCUGCAGCUAGUGCGAGGAUCCGAUAUUCACGGCUCAGCUCCUACACUGGUGUUCCAACCACGGUUGCUAGUCUCGAUUUCGAGGUGACUCCAUUCCUGAACUGUGAAGUUUCAUUCGAUAAAGCAAUUUUAAACUUAUCCGAGGGGGCCAUUGAAUCCAUGUCAGACAUUCCUGGUCUUAAUCUUCCUUUGAAGUGCCGCCCCAGGGACGAUGUCACAUUGGUUUACAAACUCACCCCAGAGUAUGGCCCGGAGACGAACCCGUCCUCCACCGCCGUGGUUAGCGUGCUGGAGAUUUCCCUUGGUGCAACCAUUCUUCUUUCUGAUGAUUGCCAUCCACGGAUUACUAUGGAAUGGAAGACAAAUGUGGAUUUCUCCUUGGCUCUCAACCCUACCUUUGGUGGACCUAGUACGGCAUUGCAAAGAACUAAUCGCCCCACGAGUUUAUCUGUCUCCGGACAAGCACCAACGGUAACCGCCAGCCGCAGCUCUUUAAGAGAGCGCGCCUACUCUGUUACCGAUGUGGGCGUCACUAUUUCCUUUACCGGGCCAGUCCGAGUGCAGGUUGGCUCACCAUUCUCGUGGAGCGUUUUCAUAGUGAACCGGUCUAAUGUGCCUCGAAAAUUUGCACUGAUCGUCAUUCCGCGUCGCAAGCGCGUCGAUCCACGGGGUCAUGUUGCGCGUCCUUCCUCUGCGUCUAUUUCUAGUAGAAAGGAAAACCAGGUGGCCGAGGCUGUGACAGACGAUAAUAUUGUGCAUGCCAUGCAAAAAAGUGUUGUGGGUCAAGAAGCCGAAUUGAUCAGCUUAAGUACCGAUAUCCGAGUGGGUCCCCUUCUGCCAGGAACUUGUCACUCUACUGAAAUCAAACUACUCCCACUUGCAACUGGUCCUCUACAUCUGGAGGCUGUGCGACUGGUGGAUGUGAAUACGAACGAAACGACCGACAUUCGAGAUUUACCAGAUAUCCUGGCUGAUGACCAACCUCGGACAUAA